CUGCUCCAUCCAUCCCAUCCGCAAGCCACGUGACCCAGUUCUCCCAUGUCCUUCAGUAGUUCAUUCAGCAUGAUGGCUGCGGAUGCUGCGGAUGCUCUCUGCUGCAUCUUGCAUCCGCGCCGGUUCUCUCUCCUCUUUCUUACCGUCACACUCUCCUCUCUGCCGGCCCCGACAGCAGCGCUGCUCGGCGUCCGGCCAGAAGACACCCAGAGCGGAGAGCUGUCCGUGCAGGAUGGGAUACUGAGGGCGACCGAGGGGACCCGCUUCAUGCUGAGGGUUUACUACUCCGCAUCUCCAGCUACGGAGCAUCCCAACAGCCUGAACAUCAGCGGCAGACCUGACGCCGCUCCGUGGAUCGCGUUUAUAGAAGAACCAGGUGAGGACAGCGGGGAGGCGGAGAGGCGGCUCCGGUCCACAGGGAAUCUGUGUGAAGAGGAAAAUGCCCGGAGCUCUGACAUCGAGCUGCUGGGCUCUUUCAGAUCCACCUCAAGUCAGAACUCAGUUUUGGUGGAGCUGCUGGCAAAAGACCUGCGCAGAGGCGAGGUGAUCAAAUACUACUCCAUGUGCGCGUUCGAUGGAGUAAAAUGGGAGCAUUUUAGCACCAAAGACUUCUGGUUGGCGGUGGUGGAGAGACCUCCAGAGGCAGAUGUUUGGCUCCAGGCGGGUGUCUCGGUGCUCUUGCUGGGGCUGUCCGCGCUCUGCAGCGGUCUGAACAUCAGCAUGCUGGCUCUGGACCCCGUGGAGCUGCGGGUCCUGCAGAACAGUGGCACAGAGAAGGAGCAGAAAUACGCACGGAAAAUAGAGUCAGUGCGUAAACAUGGAAACUACAUCCUUUGCACUGUGGUGCUGGGGAAUGUGCUUACAAAUACCUGCUUUGUGGUGUGGAUGUGCCAGAUUUUAGGCAUGACUGCUCUCUCAACUGCCUCGUGUACUUUGGGGAUAUUCUUUAUUGGCGAGAUUUUACCUCACUCCGUGGCGUCCAGGCACAGUUUAGCCAUCGCCUCAAAGACCCUCUGCGCGACCCGCCUGCUGAUGCUGGUGUUUUUCCCCAUCGCCUACCCAGUCUCCAAGAUUCUGGACAUAAUGCUGCACCAAGAGAUCAGCAACUUUUACACCAGGGAGAAGUUGGUGGCCAUGCUUCGCGUCACCGACCCGUACCACGACCUGGUCAAAGAGGAGCUCAACAUUAUCCAGGGAGCCCUGGAGCUGAGGACCAAGACCGUAGAAGACGUGCUGACCCCGCUGUCAGACUGCUACAUGCUGUCCUCGGACGCUGUGCUGGAUUUCUGCACCAUGUCUGACGUGAUGCAGAGCGGUUUCACCCGGAUCCCGGUCUACGAGAACGAGAGAUCCAACAUUGUGGACAUCCUGUUUGUCAAAGACUUGGCCUUCGUGGAUCCUGACGAUUGCACUCCUCUGAAAACAAUUACUCAGUUUUACAAGCAUCCCAUGCACUGCGUGUUCAAUGACACCAAGCUGGAUGUGAUGCUGGAAGAAUUUAAGAGAGGUAAGUCCCACCUGGCUGUGGUGCAGAGGGUGAACAGCGAAGGGGAGGGAGACCCCUUCUAUGAAGUGAUGGGCAUCGUCACCCUGGAGGACGUCAUAGAGGAGAUCAUCAAGUCUGAGAUUGUGGAUGAGACAGACCUGUAUACUGAUAAUCGGAACAAAAGGCGAGUAUCCAACCAUGAGAGGAAACAGCAGGAUUUCUCUAUCUUCAAACUGUCUGAAAAUGAGCUGAAGGUGAAGAUCUCACCCCAGCUGUUGCUCGCAACACACCGCUUCUUGGCUACAGAGGUGGAGCCUUUCAGGCCCUGUCACCUGUCGGAGAAGAUCUUGCUGCGUCUCAUCAAACAUCCCAGCAUUGUGCAGGAGCUCAAGUUCAACCCCAAGAACAAACACGCUCCUCAACACUACCUCUUCCAGAGAAACAAACCUGUCGACUACUUUGUCCUUAUUCUGCAGGGACGGGUGGAGGUAGAGAUCGGAAAGGAGGCUCUCCGCUUUGAAAAUGGAGCGUUUUCCUAUUAUGGCAUGCCAGCACUCAUCCCGCCACUGCCUAUUGGUCCGAGGUAUAGUUCCCGUAGUAGCGGUCUGAACCAAUCAGAUUUAUUACUGAGUGGAGGCAGUGUGGGUCAGCUCACUACAGGAGGAGGGGUCUACUUACCCGACUACUCAGUCCGACAGCUCACGGACCUGCAGAUUAUCAAGAUCACCAGGAACCACUACCAGAACGCCCUCACGGCCACUAGAAUGGACAGCUCCCCACAGACACCGGACCCAGUGGAUCCUGAUGCUAAAGGGAGGCCUCCGGUCCCAGAGGCCCGCUCACACAGCAUCGCCCUCCCCCUCACACACACACACACUCGACUGGGGCUGGCACGCCUUGCACAUCUCCAUCCCCACGGUGGCCUUCGCAACACCUCCCAGCUCAAUGAGAGAAACCGCAUCGUUCGCAGUAAAUCUGAUGGGCAGAGGAGUCCCAACGAUACUGUGUUCCUCCGUAUGGAUGAGAUUCCCUACAUCCAUGAGGACCGACCGGAAAAUCAUGGAGAGGAUGAUGUGCCUACAGAGUCUCAGCCAUCCACUUCUCCCUUCAUCAGCUCUCUGUCUCUGUCCAGCUCUGAUGAGAACAUUGGGAAGAAGCUAUUGCGUAAACUGAGUAACAAGAGGAGGAAAAAGUCUCGGGAUGGAGACAAAAGUUUGGAGGAAGGUUCAGAGCAGCUGCCAGUGACGAGCUAGCACAGUGACACAGAGGAAGAGGGGUGAAGCGCACACCUUCUUCUUCUUUAUCGUUCACUGGUUUUCCUAACUAAACACAACCAUCCCUUCACAUAAUCUCUCACAGGAGAUUGAGCCAUUUUAUCUGUUGUAGCCACCAGUAAUACUCAGGUCCCCACUGGCACAAUGUCCCACCUCUGCCUGACUUCACACCCUUAAAGUGGGACGGAUCUGUAGAAAAAAAAAAAAAACUCAUUGGACAAAUCUAAACAAUAUAGUAUUGGAUUUAUCUAGCCUUACACUGGACUGUAUUGAUCUCAGCAGGUUUUGUAGUAAACAGGGCAAAGCUUGUCCACCUUUUUAUAGUAGCUCUAUCCAUAAUGUUAACAUUGAAUCAUGUCAUUUGAGCCAUAAUGUGAACUGAAACAGCAGCAUAGCUUGUAAUUUAAUAACAGACUCUGCCUGCACUUAAUCUGGACUCUACACAAUCUCUCAACAAGGUCCUUAGAUAAUAUCUGAGCCAGCUUUGACCUUUUACUUGAUCAAACAACGAAUAGUAUUUAUUAUUUAUUUGUUAUUAUGAGGCAGUUCCCACAUACUGAAAAUGUUGUUUGCACAGGGAACUGUCCUAAUGUUGCCAUAAGGGUGUCGCCUACUGCCAAGACAACCUGACACACUAGCCCUUGGCUAAGAAGAAAAAGCCACCAGACAAGAGCACAACUUUUACACUAGAUUAAAAGAACACGUUUAUGAAAAGCCAUAAAUUAAUUCUCAGCUUGAAUGACUACUUAUUGUACACACUGACCUCUCAGCAAGUCUAGAGGGGUAUGCACGAUUUUGAAAAUACCCGUACUAGAAAAUAACACAAUUUCUUACCUGAUUUUUAUAUAGCAGUGUCUGAAUUACUAAAAGUGAUUUAAAGAUAGCAAUAUAAGUCAUCUUACAAACUGUAAAUGGCUUGAAUUUAUCACCACAAAACCCCACACCUGCAUACAUUCAGUAAACGCAUCAUUCCUACAUAAAUGCAUGUGUCUUUCAUACAGUCAGUUUGGUAUGUCUCUUUCCAUUAGAACAUCCCCUUUUCUCUGCAUAUGUAGCCGUAUGGACAGUUUUAGUGUUUCUCUCAAACAAACACUCACUUAUCCACCUUUUCUCUUGAUAUUACCACCUUUAAAAAAAUCAUCAAACCCAUGUUUGAUUGCAUUCCCUAGAAAACUUAGGAGCGAUCAACUUCAUACCAUUAGCUACCAUAUUAGCCACUUUUCUAUGUACAGUUCAUCUCUCACAAGGUCGGUCACUAAAGCUGCA